AAGUGGACUCCACAAAAGUCUUAACACAAGAGACGUCCUCCUGUAUGCCACACAACGACGUGACGGCCUAACUGUUCUAUUCUCAAUUGCUUGCAACGCUCUGCGAGUUUACUCACCAUGGACCGCCAAAAUCUUCUCUCGUCUGAGGGAUCUGAAGAUGGCGAUUAUUCCAAAGUUGCCUUCCUGAGGGAUCGGGAGCAUCACCACGAUAGACGAAAAUACCUGCCGUGGUUAUUGCACAUCGCCGCGUUCCUAGGCUACGGUAUUGUUUUUUUUGUGGCAUUUGAGAGUGAUAAUCACUCAUCGAAGCCAGCUACGAAGGAAUGGCCUAACAUCUAUGACGACUUUUCCCACCGCGAAUACGUCUGGAAAACCCAUCACUACAAAUUUGAGGGAGACCAUUCUAUCAAAAUAGGCGACAAAGGAUGGGAAGACGCAGUAGAUUUCACCGAGUACGAGGGCCGGCCAACGGACAAGAGCAAUCAGGCUUGGGCAGAUUUGGUCCAACUCGGCAGCACAAGCAUCACAGAGGUAGAGAAAUCUCGCCUUCCAUUCGAUACGACACCAAACGUCCUGAAACAGGGCGAAUAUGUUAUUGGCCUGCAGGUAUUCCAUCAGCUUCACUGUCUCAUGAGUCUCCGAGAGCAAGUUUGGCAUCCGACCGCGUUCAAAUGGGAGAACGGAGAGGAACGCAGCUGGUGGGAGUUGCACCUGGAUCACUGCGUCGAAGCACUCAGGGAGUCUAUCGUCUGUAAUGCGGACAUGACGCCUCUGAGAUACAUGUGGAACGAAGAAGAGUCACUGUACAUGUUGACACUUCCCCAACAGUACAAAUGCAGAAACUGGGACGAUGUUUGGACCUGGGCGUCAUCGAGGAACACGACAGGAGAUUGUCCGAGGAACAAGAUCGAGUCGGAUGAACCGAUGACGUGCCCGUUGAAACCACAUACUCACGAGCAUGGGGGGGGUCAUUGAUGAAGCCUAACUCUCGAUCAGGUCGGUUCCUUCCGUGUGGGGUGAUGUGACUAGUUUCCUGUGCAAAGUUGAAACUUAGACAGAGGCGUAUGUUGUGGUUCAAGAGCUUCUGCGCAUGCUUGAGGACAGAAUUAAAUUCGUCUUUUGGAGCUCAUAAAUGACCUUCCAGUCCGGAAGUGGGCAGAAAGUAAUCAUCAAAACUGCCGCGAACUUGUCUCAGAGGGGCCGACUUCUAAUUUCAAAGUACAAUACUAGCAG